AUGUCGUUUAUGAAGGUAGGCCCGCAGUCCAUGCUCAAGGAAGGAUCUGCAAUGGUUGAUGAGCCUGUCCUAAAAAAUAUUCAGGCUUGUCGAGAGCUGUCAAAGAUCACCCAAAGCUCUUUGGGUCCGUACGGGCUUUGCAAAAUGGUAAUCAACAAUCUUAACAAGCUGUUUGUUACACACGAUGCGGCAACCAUCCUUCGCGAGGUGGAGGUUGAGCACCCUGCUGCUAAGCUUCUGGUGCAGGUAUCUAACGCGAUGCAGGAAGAGGUUGGUGAUGGCACCAAUUUUGUGGUGACCCUCACUGGUGAACUUCUUUCACAGGCAGAAUCGCUUCUGCGUAUGGGUCUUCACCCCAGUGAAAUCAUCGAGGGCUAUAAAAAGGCGGGCACCAAGUGCUUGGAGCUGCUCGAAACCAUGACAGCACGCACGGUAAAUGACUGCCUUCUUAAGGAAAACAUCAUCGAUGCCGUCCGUACUGCUAUAGCUUCUAAGCAGUAUGGCUAUGAGUCUUUUCUAGCGGAUCUCGUCGUCGAAGCUUGUAUUAACGCGUGCCCGUCUAAUGUGCGAGCCUUCAAUACCGACUUUGUUCGUGUUGUAAAGCUGGAUGGCGAAUCUGUGUUAUCCUCGAACUUUGUGCGUGGAUAUGUGAUUGGGCGUGACUCCGAAAGCACUCUAAAACACAUUACCAAUGGAAAGAUUGCCGUGUACAGCUGUGCUGUGGACGUUCCAUCUUUGGAAACUAAGGGUACCGCUCUCAUGGAAAAUGCUGAGGACCUUCUUCAGUAUUCCCGCAAGGAGGAGGAUGUUAUGGAGGAAAUCAUAAUGAAUGUUCACAGAUCCGGUGCUAAUGUGAUUGUAUCCAAUUCUACAUUUGGUGACCUAGCCCUUCAUUUUAUUAACCGACUGGGCAUGAUGGCUGUGCGCGUGCCCUCGAAGUAUGAGAUCCGCCGACUGUGUGCCGCAGUUGGAGCACAUAUCAUGAAUCGCCUGGAUGCGCCGACGCAGGAGGAUUUGGGUUCAUGCGAUCAUAUUGACGUAACAAACAUGGGUGGGAAAAAUAUUACUACCUUUUCUCAAGAUCGUGAUGAUUCGAAGCUGUCCACAAUUGUCGUGCGAGGUGCUACACAGAAUGCCCUUGACGACGUGGAACGUGCCAUUGAUGAUGGUGUUAAUGUUUUUAAGGCACUAACAAAGGAUAACCGCCUGGUCGCAGGUGCGGGCGCACUAGAAAUGGAGCUGCAGAAGGAACUGACUAAAUUUGCUGAAGCAAAUCCGGGGUUGGAUCAGUAUGCUAUACGAAAGUACGCUGCAAGCUUUGAAGUGGUAGCUCGCACUCUGGCUGAGGUUAGUGGUUAUAAUGGAACAAAUAUGGUGACUCAGUUGGAGGCUGAGCACAAUGCAGGGAAAAAGUAUCAGGGUGUGAACGUUGAAGAUGGAUCGACACUUGACGCUUUAGAGGCUGGUAUUGUGGAGCCGCAUUUGACAAAGUCCUGGGCUAUUAGGCUUGCUACAGAUACAGCGGUGACAGUGCUGUCGGUAAACCAAAUUAUUGUUGCCAGGCAAGCGGGGGGGCCCAAGAAUCGCCCAGACCAGGCUCGCGAUGAGGAUUAG